GACGGCCUUAACUGAUGUUUCUUCUUGAGCGCAUGUUUUCUCAACAUCCCUCAGCUUAUAAUUUUACAACUUUUCCGAACACAAGAGAAAAGAUAGAUUUGUUGAGAGGAGUUGGAGUUUGUGUAACUUUGACCAUCUGUUUUGGACUUCAAUGUGGCUUCUCAGAUCACCUUCCCAAGUCAUGAUGAUGAAUGAGCGCCUGUCUCCCUCCGCACGCUCCGUCCAGAGCCCGGGGAACAACCCGUCCACGGUCCAUAGCAUAGAGGCGAUACUGGGAUUUAAAGAGGACACCAUCUUCCAUAAAUCAGCCUCCUUCAGCUUGACAGAAAAAGUUCUGGUCAAAGAUGCUGAGCGCAACGGGAACGUUAUUGUGACUCCAGCGAAGAAAAGUCAUUACUCAGAAAGUUUUGACAGUGUAUGUUGUGCCAGCAGCACCGUCGAAGCCUCGGUGUGCCCGGACUCACCGGACAGAGACGGCAAACUGUCCGACGACGAAAACCCGAAGAAGAAACACCGUCGGAACCGAACCACGUUCACCACCUUCCAGCUCCACGAACUGGAGAGAGCCUUCGAGAAGUCCCACUACCCGGACGUGUACAGCAGGGAGGAGCUGGCGCUGAAGGUCAACCUGCCGGAGGUCCGAGUGCAGGUGUGGUUCCAAAACCGACGAGCCAAGUGGCGUCGGCAGGAGAAGCUAGAGGUGAGCUCCAUCAAGCUCCAGGACACCUCCUCCUCCCUGCUCUCCUUCAGCUGCUCUCCCUCCAGCUCCCUGGGCUCCAGUCUGCAGCUGGACCCCUGGCUCUCCACCCCAAUCACCACCUCCACCUCCCUGCAGUCCCUCUCGGGCUUCAUCGGUGGCGCACAGGGCCUCCCGGGCACUUACACACCUUCUCCUCCCCCUUCCAUGCCCUCUUCUUUGCCGGCCUCCUUCCUCAACUCCCCGGCCCUGGGACACAGCCCUCACCUACCCCACAUCGGCUCUAUGUGUCCCCCGCCCCCUGCCUACCAGUGCUCUGCUGAUCCAAGGAACUCCAGUAUUGCCUCACUGAGGAUGAAGGCUAAGGAACACAUUCAGUCUAUUGGGAAGACGUGGUAAUGCUGAGCAGAGGUCAAACAUGGACAUCAAGAGCCAGAAUACAUCUGUUGCAUCUUUUGAAAAGCUGACCUCAUCCUCCUGAUGACAGGAUUGCAUGAUUUUGGAAGUUUUAAAAGUGACAAGUGCUGGUGACAUCCAGGAUUAGAGACACUCUUGUCACUUGAGCGGGACCGACUGAAAGCUUUGACACUAACUGUGAAAUCACUGUAAAAUAUGGAACUUGUUCAGUAUCCUGGUGUUUUUCUUCUCCUUCGUCCUCUCUACAAACUGUUUUUACUGCAAAGUUUUACACUCAUUCAGACCAGUCUCAUUCUUACCCAGUGUUAUGUUGCCAAUAUAACAAAUACAGACCCCAUUUCUACCCAUCAGUAUGUAUUUAUUCUACUGUUGUAACUGGUGCACACCUUAUUCUGAUUCAUUCUCCU